AUGCUCGAGGCACCCCGCACAGAGAACGAGGAGCUUGCGUCCUCCGGCAAGAUGGAGCCCCUGUGCAUCUGGGCUUCUGAGAGCGGCAGCGAGGCGCAGGGAGAUGGAUUCAAGGAGGUGCAGCCUUACCCAGUUCUGCACAAAAAGGCGCUGAAGACGUCCCAGCAGGUGCGGCGUGCUCCGCUGCUGCUCCGGCCGCUGCAGCCCUCAGCCUCCGUGCUGGAUCCAAAGCGGAUCAGCGGCCAAUCGGGCCAGGGGAGUGGUUCCAGCGGCUUUAUCGCCAAGCUCCUCGAGUUUGGCCCGCCAAUUGUAAUUUUGCUGAAUGCCAUUACAAUCGCCCUGGACAGUGAUGUCAUAGAGAAUGAUUCAAUCCUUCGUUUGGUCGAAAGCUGCUUCGCAAUGUUCUAUCUUCUGGAGUUCAUGAUCAAGCUCGGACUCCUUGGCUGCAGGGGCUACUUCUGGGCAGAAAACUGGACUUGGAACUGGUUUGAUUUCCUUUGCCUCCUGUGUGCGCUCUUGGAACUCAGUGCCGUGCUUGUUUCCGUGCUCGGCUUCACCUCCACACCUUUUCUUGAAGAUGUGACAGUGGUGCGGGUGUUUCGCUUGGGGCAGUUGAUGAGGACCGUCCGCGUGCUGAACUUCAAGAUGUUUGGCGAACUCCGUCAAAUUACUUUAGGAAUCAUGAAUGGGUGUGGCGUGCUCUUCUGGGCAGUCGUCCUCCUGUUCGGAGUCAUCUAUGUAUUUGGGGUCGUGAUGCGAAAUCUCGUUGGUGACGCGAUGGAAGAGUUCAAGAACAUCCCAAACUCCAUGUUCACCUUGUUCCGUUGCUUCACGGAUGGCUGUUCAGACUACGCCGGAACACCCUUGGCAGAGCGUUUGCGGAUCGUGUACGGAGCUCCUUUCACCCUCGGCUACGUCUGCGUGACCAUGCUGGUCGCCGUGGGCAUCUUCAACAUGAUCAUGGCAAUUUUCCUUGAGAAUGCCACUGCAUCAGCUGGUCGGCGGAAGCAGCGAGAGCUCGGCGAGCGCGCGAACAGCACAGAGCACGCACUACGGCGCGUGAUCGUUCAGAUGAUUGACCCGACCGCUCAGGAACGCGCCAGAGGGCGUCGAGGAACCAUGGCUGCCAGGAUCAGCGGUCUUUUUGACCUGCGACCCACAGAGGGCGAUGCCACAAGGGGCCGCCUCACCAGACAGCGGUCCAAGUCCACUGAGCUCUUCUGGCACACGCAGUAUGAGCUUCUGAAGCACUCCGGUGCUACUGUGGACCGAAAGACCUUCAUGUUGUGGCUGCAAGAGCCCGCUUUCCUGCACGUCUUGGAGAGCGCAGACGUGGACGUGUCCAACAAGUUCGAUUUGUUCGACGUUCUCGAUUCCGACAUGGGCGGCAGAUUGGAGCUAGACGAGGUGGUAACUGGACUGAUGAAGCUGCGCGGAGUCGUUUGCGACAUUGCUUGUUUGUCCGCGAAUGUUUGUUUUCUUUUCAAUUCCAAGGACUUGAUAGCCAUCAGGCUGCAGGUGAUAUCUGCCGUGAAUAAGAGCAGCAACCUCCUUGCUUCCGAACGGGAGAACGAGAGUAGACAAGAACAAUACACGUACUGGUUUUGUGCUGCCGAAGCGAUCGGUGGCUUAGCUAUCCAGGGAGCCGCAGCGUUCGAGGCGUCCCUCAGCCCGACUUUCCAGGACUUCUUAACACGGCGCCUCAAUGAAUCUCAUGGACUGGAGUUCGAGGCCGUUCCGUUGGACUUUAACCAGAACUUCGAAUUCGUCAGCAACGGCGGGGUCGAGUUCAUUUUCAGUAACCCAGCGGCAUACACCUGUAUGGCCGUGGAGUUCAACUUGCAGACGGUCGCGUCGCUUAUCAACUACCGCAAGGGCAAUGCUCUUGGGCAAUUUGCAGGUGUGAUUUUUGCCAGGCAAGACUCUGCGUUUCACACCAUCGACGACCUGCGCAAUGCUAGAGUGGAGGCCGUUUCAAUCUCUGGACUGGGUGCAAUGCAGCUCCAGCAGGCAGAACUCCUAGCCCAGGGCUUGAACAUCAUGACAGAUGUACCUCGACUGACUUUCGCCUUCAACCAGAACAAGAUCGUGCAGGACGUCGAGCUCGGUCUCGCAGACGUCGGCUUCGUGAGAACCGACCUGAUCGACCGAAAUGUUGCUAGCAAUCUAACGAAGUGGGAAUAUUUCAGAGUUAUCGGCCAGAUCCCAGACUCGGACUUCCCAUUCGCUCGCUCCACGGCUUUCACGCCGGAGUGGCCCAUUGGUGCUUUGCCACAUGUAACUGACGAGGUCAAGGAGCUGGUCGCAAGCUCCCUCAUGGCUCUUGAUCGCUUCUCACCGGAUCCAGAGUUGUCCCAGCCAGCCAUUGCAGGUAAUUUUGCCAGCUGGUCCACACCAAUGAACUAUUUCGGUCUUCUGGACAUGCUCCAAAGCAUCGAGUAUUACGACCGAAGCUCGAAGAAGUGCUUGCGGAGUUCAGACGAGUACGAGGCAAUCAGGUGCCCCGCCGGCUUUGUCAAGAAGGGGAGAGACAAGGUGUUUUGCGAGGACUGUCGCAUUGGCUACAGCUGCCUUUGCUCUCCUUGUGCAAAGCUGCGGGAUCCAGAAUAUGUCAUGAAAGCUUCAUUGUCAAGCACGGCCUGGAGGGGUAACAUCGACGUUGAUCAGGUGAACAACCUGACUACUGUUGCGAGCAGCUGCGAGCGCAUGUCCGUGUGCGGUCAGGUCUUUGCUGGACAGAAGCUCCGGUGGGUUCUAUUGGACCAGAUCGGGACUGCAAGUCGAACCGCCAUUAACGCACCACUGGUAACCAGUGUGCAGAUUCGCACGGCUAUUGAUGGAUCAUGGUUUUCUACAGAUGUUCGCAACGUUACGAUCGACGAUGAGGACACGCAGGAGUAUACUCUGGAGUAUGAUGUGCAAGGUUCUGGCACGCAAGUGGUUCAAGUGGACAUUAAUGGCCAACCCGCGGCCCUGUCGCCUGUGGUUCUCGAAGUCCUUCCCGCGCCACUCCGCCAGAUUGAAUGCCCUCCGGGCAGGGAGGCAGACUUUGAUGGCGCUUGCACACCCUGUGCACCCGGCACCGCUUCAGCAGGCGGUGGUGCCCCAUGCCGACCAUGCGAUCCGGGCACUUUCCAGCCACUUGCAGAGCAGUCAAACUGCGAGGCUUGUGCAGUCGGCACAUUUCAAGAAUCACCCGCGUCGCUGCAGUGUGAACUGUGUCCGCCAGGGUAUUCCAGCCGCGGCAAGAUUGGGUCUCUGGUUUGCAGUCCAUGUGAUCCUGGCCAGGAGGCUCCCAACAACGGCUCCGAGAGGUGUUCACUUUGUCCCCGUGGGUUUUACAGCCAAGAUGAGGGAUCCAGCCAAUGUUUGCAAUGCAGUGGCGGGAAGGGGACCACCGAGCAGGGCGUGACAAAUCCCGAUCUAUGCAUUUGUCUCCCUGGAGAGUUUAUUGAUACUGUCGAUAGUUCAGGAGGCAACGACACUUCAGCCAUGGGCGGGCAAUGCAUUCCAUGCACUCAGGGACUCGUAUGUCCAGGAGGCAACGGCCCUCCACUGCAAAAAGCUGGAUUCUGGGUGGACACCGCAGAGCACGGAUACUCGGCGUACCGUUGCCGCGACAGGUGGCAAUGCCCAGAGGGGCUUCUGAGUUCGUGCUCCGAUGGCCGUGAAGGGCUCGCUUGCAACAACUGCAAGGAGUGGCAUCGUCAAGGAUCACAAGGCAAAUGCAAGCCGUGUGAGGGUGUGGAUGUUCUUCCGGCGAUGCUGCUUCUGCUGGCAACCGUGCUGACCGGAGGGGUCUUGCUUUCCUUCGUCCACACCAACGCAGCGCGCCAGCGGCUUGGCCAGGUGACCGUUUUCCUGACCGCCGGCCAGAUUAUCCUGAUGUUGCAACUCAUGGCGGCCAUGAGGAACUUGGAUCUGCAGUGGACAGGACCUGCACUCUACGUGUUUGAGUUUCUUGAAAUCUUUGCCUUCGACGUGGACUUCCUGAACAUAGGAUGCGUCGUGUCCAACGACGGCGCCGUGCUAACCUUUGCCAUGCAGCUUCUCGCGUACCCAGUUUUUGCAGCAUUGCUCAUACUGGUGUGGGUUUGCAUCAGCCGACUGGGGCUGGAGGUAACAGGGAACGAUGUGAUCAACAUGAACGGCUUGGCCUUGCUCACGCUGUACAUGACCCUCACCAUCAAUUCGCUCUUGCCAUUGCAAUGCGUCGCCAACCCGAACGGGACUUUCAGUAUGCAGACGCAGCCUGGUGUGAUAUGCUUCCAGUCCGAUGAGCACUGGGCCCUGAUGUUCAUGUGCGUUCUCGGCAUCCUUAUGUACCCAGUGGCUAUUCUUUCCGUGGCUCUGCGGGCCACGAUCAUGUACCCGCACCUUGCCCAAAGCCGCCCAAGGCAAGAGAAGAAAGUCUGUAAAGCCAAGAACGGUCCUCGAGUUUGUGGCAUGCGAAGUAACCCGGACACUACAAAGCAAAGGUCCUACAUCAGCUCCGGGAAGGGACUCCUCAUCGUCAAUCGAUACCGAUUCCUGUUCGAGCGAUUUCGCUCCUUGGCAUUCUGGCAAGGCGUCGAGGCGAGCGGAGUUCCCGGCAGAUUUUGCUUGAACGCUGGUUGCAGCGUCUUCUGGACUUUUGGCCGCCCAAUCGCGUCCCCGCUCGAACCACAGCAGCCGUCCAGGAACACGCUCCUGGCGCUCAUUCCUGUUGCUGUCGCGAGCUUCCCGACAGUGCAAGUCGUUUUGCUGGCGGCCGUGCAUGCUGGUGCAGAUCCGCACAUGGCCGUGGAGGACGCAAGUGGCAAACGCGGCAUUGCUCGAGCACGUUUCUGCUUUGUGUACUCACAGCGAUGCCCGGGCGAAGGGGUCACAGACAUGCUGUUCUCCACUGCCGUGGUGCUUUUCCUCGUGGUGGCAGGGCCCAUCCUCAGCUCAGAGUCGGCUCAAGACCGCCAGGCUUAUGCGGGCUUUUUGUCCUGGUCCUUCACCAUGCUGCUGGCCUUUGCCUUUUUGACCUUGUUUGUAACGAUUGGCCUUUUCCUGUGGAGAGCCUCGGCAGAUGAGAAGACCUUCAAGAUCUUCUUGACGCAUCACAAGAGUGCAGCCGGGGCGCUUGCACGCUUCAUCAAGAGCAUCUUGAACAAGCACUCCCAUGACAAAGUUUUCUUGGACUCUGAUGAGUUGCAGGACUUGGAUUCUCUGUUCGAGAGCGUACGCAGCAAUGUGGCUUUCUUGGUGCCUCUGCUGACGCCUCAGAUGAUUUCCCGCCCUUGGUGCGUGGGGGAGCUUGUUACAGCCCACUUCAAUCGCGUGCCUCUUCUACCCAUAUCCUGCGAUGGAUACAGACUCAGUUCUUCCGUCAAUGCUGCACAGCUUGUCAAUGCCUGGAGCCCCGACGACUUCCAGCCCCUUCUGGCUGUGGGCAUCCAGGAGGACAUGAUCGAUGCGAUGAUUGAGCACCUCUACGCCCUACCUUCCAUUGCUCUCAACCGUCGCGGGAGUAUGGAGGACCAAGAGGCCACGAUUCUUCGGGUCAUCACCAGCAGUGAACCUUGGAUGAGAUUCUAUAGGUAG